AUGCCUGGUUCCCAGGGCUGCAAGGUCCUCAAGGGCAGCUCCCGACCGCCGGCCUUUGAGAGGAGGAGCAUGGCCCAGCUCGUGGGGCUUUUGUUGGCUUGGAUCUGCCUGCUUCACAGUGGGGUCGGCAUGAACUACGAAGGUGAGGAGCAACGUGACAGCGUCUUCCCUGUGUGCUGCUCCGUGCGCUCAGACUCGAGAUGCAGUGGAGGCUUCGUGGCACAGGCACCCAACAACUAUCGGCGCUACCUGGAGCUCAAGUUCGGCUCUGGAGUCAUCGAGAACCCCAAGUACCCCAACCCAGCACUCCUGAAUGAAUAUCCACCAACUAUAAAUGGUGAGUGUGUCUUCCCAUUCCAGUAUAAAAAUAAAACAUUCUAUGAUUGCAUCAAGUUCAAGGCAAAACACAAGUGGUGCUCAGUAAACGCUACUUACGAAGGAUACUGGAAGUACUGUGCCCGAGAUGACUUUGCAAAAUGUGUGUUUCCCUUCUGGUACAGACGCAUGAUCUACUGGGAAUGUACUAACGAUGGGCAUAAGUUUGGGAAAAAAUGGUGUUCACUGACCAAGAAUUAUAACAAGGACCAAGUUUGGAAAUUUUGCUGAUUGAUGGACCCGGUCUCUCAACAACAAAGCACAGUAACAACCAGCCACCCCCAAAGGUUGAACAAGAAUUUCGACCCGCUUCCCUUUUCUCUUAACCCCAACGUAUCCACAGCAUGAAAUGAAGCUGGACUUUUCUUGUCUUUGUGAAACAGAUGAGACGGAAGAGUCACGAACGAAAAGUGUGUGUGUGUGUGUGUGUGUGUCCGCCAAUGUGCAUCUUAAUUGAGGUGGAAGCACCAUAGCCGUGGGUGAGUCGUCUUUGAAAAGGUUACUGAGUGCGCUUGGUGGCUGAUGAGAGGGUACCAAUAAAACGAUGAGAAGCUGUGUUUUCCAGCAGUAAGUAAAAUAUCCUAUGUUUUAAACUCUGUUUAAA